GUUAGUAAUUUUCAUUUGUUGUACAAGUAUGUCCAUUUCUCUCUCCCCCCAUUUUUUCUCCCUAGAACAUUAACAGCUAGUUUUCCACUACCAGCGUUUUUUUCCCGCAGAAGUGAACCCUUUUGAGAAUAUUGAGGUCAUCUCUCUCUUAUAACAUGGACAAAUCACAGUGUGUACAUCAGAAGAAGGCAACCAAACAGACCAAAACCAAGAAAAAACCUGUCAAGGUUGUGUAUAUCUCUAACCCCAUGAAGGUCAAGACUAGUGCUUCAGAAUUCAGAGCCUUGGUGCAAGAACUCACCGGCCAAAACGCCGAUAAGCCGGAUCCAUCUAGGUAUGUGGCGAUUGAUGACGUUGCUGAUCAUCAAACGGUCACGGAUGAUGAGGCUAUACAAGUCCCUACAGUGGACCCUGGCAGCAAUGAGCUACCUAAUAGGUCUGAUCUUCCAUUUGAGCCGUAUGAUGAUGUUUUUACUCCUCAGAUGCUAGAGAAUUUAACAGGUUUGUUGCCAUCCAGCUUGUUGUACGAGUCUUUUUCGUAUUGAUGUGCUUACAAGCCUUGAUGUGAUGAUGUUAAUUUGAAUUAAGCCAUGUUAGGCCUAGGGUUAAUGUGUUAUAUGUAUCAUGUUAAACAUGUUGUAUGUAACUUUCUAAUAUGCUUUGUUUAUUCAUAUUAAUUUCCUAUAUAUGUUUUAUUUGAACUGAA